AUGGGGAUUGCGGGGCUCCUCGGCGCGCUCAAGGAGGUCAUGGCGCCAUCCCACGCCCGCGACUUCCGAGGGCAGACCGUCGCCGUCGACGCUCUCUCAUGGCUCCAUAAGGCGUGCUAUGGCUGUGCAUGGGAUCUCGCGGUCGGCAACGAGACCGAAACGUACGUCAAGUACAUCCUCCGACGCACCGACAUGCUCAAGGCCGUCGGCGUCAAGCCGCUUCUCGUCUUUGACGGCAACAAGAUCCCGCUGAAGUCGUCGACGCACGACAAGCGCCGCAGCGCCAAGCAAGAGAACCACGACAUGGCCAUGCAGCAUCUGCGAGAAGCCCGCAGCCUCGUGGGCGACGAGCGCAAGGAGAAAAUGGCCAAGACGUCCCAGUACUUUCAGCGGUCGAUCAACAUAACGUCUGCGAUCAUCGCAUCAGUGCAUGACGCCUUGCGCAAGGCCAACGUCGAGUUUGUGACAGCGCCAUUUGAGGCCGACGCGCAGAUGGUGUUUCUCUGCAAGCACCAAGUGACGACGGCCAUCAUCACGGAGGACUCAGACAUCCUCGUCUACUGCGCGGCCGCCAACAUUAGCGUCCCGGUCCUCUUCAAGCUCGAGGAAACCGGUGACUGCAAGAUGCUUAGCAAGGACGCGAUUCAUACCCACGGCAAGACGAGUGCCAACGGCGUCCUACGCAAGCUUUCGUACUUUCUGUCUGGCGGCCACGAGCCGACGCGGAUGUUUGUGCACGCGUGCAUCCUCGCGGGCUGCGACUUUCUCGACUCCCUGCACCACAUUGGCAUCGUCCGAGCCAUUCAACAUGUAUUCGACUACCGCGGUGUCAAGGGCACGCUGCGCAUUCCCCGGCUUUUGAGCAAACUCAAGUUUGACGGCGCAACCGUGCCCGACGACUACCUCGAGCGCUUUUACAAGGCCGAAGCGCUCUUCUACCACCACUACGUCUACGACCCGUCGACGCAGUGCUGCGUCCACCUUGUCACCGCGUCCGACUAUGAAGUGGUCGAAGAUAUCUUCGAACGUGUGACUGCGUCGUUGACGGAGACGCCUUUUCUGGGCAUUCUGUCGCCGCAGGAGGUCAUUCGCGACAUUUACAACAACAAGCGCCUCGCACGAAGUGACGCGUCGGAGUCGAGUUCGCAAAGCAGUUCGCAGCCGAGCCAGAGUGCCCUCUCGACGCAGAGCUCCCAGCCAAGUCAGAGCACAGGGGCAACACAAAAUUCAGAGCCGAGUCAGUCGUCGCUCUCGCAACGAGCCCCGUCGUCGCCAAAGCAGCAGAACUCACCGGCGUCCCAGUUCUCAACGUCGCAGCGAGCGCCGCCAUCGCAGUCGUUCCAGUCGCCACCACCCCGCGCGACAGGUCGGCGCUGGUUUGGGGCUCAUGCCGGAAGCUCGCCCGAAGCAACUCCGUCGCCCGCUGUCGCCAAGCGUCCAGUGUUCAAGCGUCAGCCCAUCGACUGCGACGAGGUUCGCGCCAAAACCAUGGAGAGUAUCUUUAGCGUUUACGCGGCGCCAAGCCAACGCUCGUUCGCUCCGUCCUUUGGCGGCAUCGCAUCGCCCGUCGCAAGCCCACGCAAGUUUCCUCCGUCGUUUGGCUUGCCCGCGGCAACCAAACGUUCGUACUCGCCAUCGACUCGUGACGCGCUGCCGUCACCGCCUGCCAAGAAGCCAAAUCUCUUUGCAAACGUUAGCGACGAUGAGGAUGACGACGAGGAAGAUGCAACGCUGUCGGGGGCCGCCUUGCACGCCGCUAUGGCCGUCGAGCCCACGACGAUUCGGACCGUCAAUUCAGGCAUGUCGAUCUUCUCGGCGCCAAAGAAGGCUGUGCCCGUGCCCCGCUUGCAGUUUAAGAGCCCCACAAAAGGAGCUGCAGUCCAGCGCGCCUCGAAUGCGCUGCCCCCAACGACCAAGAAGGCCGUCAAGACGCCAGCGCCUAUUGCCCUACCCAAGAACCGGGCCUCAUCCAAGAGCCCUACAACAUCGCAGGCGAACGGAGCUACCCGCGCCUCGUCCAGAGCCUCGUCCAAGAAGACACCACCGAUCAAGACGCAAGCUGGCACGCUGCUCGGGUACUUUACGAAAACAACGCCGACGACCGAGUAA